AGCGCUGCGAACGAAGACAUAUUGACGCCAUCGACGACUUCGUGGUGGACUUCUUGGGUCCAAAAGUCGAGCGAUACGUUUGAGUCAAUUAAGAAGGAUUUGAAUGAAUUGAAAGCAACGGUUCAAACGGAUGGCCUCGAAGUGGUCUCAAACACGGCUUCAUAUGUGAGCCAAACCAUGAAAGACACCAUUACUGGUAUCAGUCAUACGAUGGCUCCAGACUUUGACACCAGCGAUGAACAGAGACCUGAAGUGAGUGGUAUUGAAGAGCCUACGGACACCAAGAAGUCGAGUGACGUCACGAGUGGUCAGAAAGAGGGCGAAGAGGCGUCUGCAGAGGCGAAAGGCUCGGAUUGGGACGAAUGGACCGCAGACUUGACUAAUAAAGCGAAACAUAAGUUGAAUGCUUUGAUGGGAAACAUUGCCGACGCUUUCCUUAUCAACAGAAACUACUUCGAAGACGAGGACGAGAUGUAUGUCUUGAGCGGCGAUAAGUUGGUUGCGAUUGAGAAAUGGCAACAAUUGCUGAAUGAGGUGCAGACCAAUGCCGACACUUACUGUCGUGAACCGAGUGGUCCGCCCGAACACUACGAGAGUUGGUUAAUGACAUUCAAUCUGAUUGACUAUCAAAGACAAAUGGAUCACAUGCUGCAGACUGUGCCGCAGAUGAGCGACUUCUACGCACAACUCGUUCCCAACUCUUUGUCAGACGUGGAGUUUUGGCACCGAUUUUACUAUAGAGUCCAUCAGUUGAGAGAAAGCGAACGCAAGAAGAUUGAGGACAACGCG